CAAAACCAUUUCAACAUCCCCGGCAUGGCAGCCACAGUCAUGACACCUCCCUCCACUACCCUCAUCCUCUUCCUUUCCUUAAUAAUCUCCUUUCUUUUCUGCGCACCAUCUCCGAUCAUCGCCGCCGACCCCUUAUUAACCUCCUGCGUCUCCGGCGGAAACUACACCGACCCAAGCCCCUAUGCCAGCAACCUCCACCUCCUCCUCAACCGCCUCAUCUCCAACACUCCCAAAACCGAAAAUCUCUUCUUCGAAGACUCCGCUGGCUCAACGGAAACCCAGACUGUCUUCGGCCUCGCUCAGUGCCGCCCCGACGCGCCCCUUGUCGUCUGCUCCGACUGCCUCACCAGAUCUGCUUUACAGGCCCUUCACGGCACAUGCGCGGGGCAGAAGUCCACUGCGGUGCGCAACGAAUACUGCGUUCUUCGCUACGAAGACCAUAGCUUCUAUUCGUUGCUGGAGAAUCUAAAUUUCAAGACCAUCGUUCGAAUCGAAAACGGUACGGCACCGGUGGAAUACAGCCGGCAACUGAGGGAUUUGAUGGAGGAGCUGUGGCUGGAGGCGAAAAGUAGUGACUUGAGGAUUGCGGUGGGGAAGACGAACAGUCCGUAUGAGCAGAUAUAUGGGCUGGCGUGGUGCACGAUGGAUUUAGACCCGCAGACUUGUCACGAGUGUUUGCGUCAGGCAUACGAUCUUUACGCGGGGCAUCAUUAUGAUUACGGGCUCGGGGGAGGAUCCAUAGCUUCGAACUGCAUUGUAACUUACAAUAAUUAUCCCUUCUUCAACCUCUCGCUGAUUCAAGCUCGUUCCAUGGCUGCAACUCCUGGUGGAACCGGUACAAGCAGAGGUAGCCAAACAAAGAAAAUAAUUAUUGCAGUGUCAAUCAGUGCAUCCAUUUUAUCAGCAAUCAUUGUCGUUUGCAUUUUGCUCAUCUGCCGAAGCAGAUUUGCAAAGCGAAAAUCAUCCAAGCUUUAUGUGGAAGAGGAUAUAAAGACAACUGAAUCUCAUCUACUUCCUUUUGUAAAACUUAAAGCUGCAACAAACGACUUUUCCAAUGAAAAUAAGCUCGGAGAAGGGAGAUUUGGACCUGUUUAUAAGGGGGUGCUAUGGGAUGGGCGACAAAUAGUGGUGAAAAGGCUCUCCAACACUUAUGGGCAAGGCCUGGUGGAAUUGAGGAAUGAAGCAGCUUUGGUUGCUCAACUUCAACACAAAAAUCUUGUAAAGCUGUUGGGCUGUUGCAUGCAAGAGGAUGAGAAGCUAGUUGUCUAUGAAUAUCUUCCCAAUGCAAGCCUUGACAAGCACUUAUAUGAUCCAGCGGGGCGAGCACAGUUAGACUGGAAAAGGAGGCAAAUAAUCAUAGAAGGAAUUGCUCGAGGCCUUGUUUAUCUGCAUAACCAUUCGCGUCUAAGAAUCAUUCAUCGUGAUCUUAACGCAAACAAUAUCUUGCUGGAUGGUGAUAUGAACCCCAAGAUUUCAGAUUUUGGCCUUGCAAAGCUUGUUGGCAUCAAUGAAAGCCAAUGGAACACAAAACAGAUUGCUGGAACAUUUGGAUACAUGGCUCCAGAAUAUGCAAUGCGCGGCAUGUUCUCUACAAAAUCAGAUGUUUUCAGCUACGGAAUGGUGGUGCUGGAGAUUAUAACAGGAAGGAGAAAUGGGAGUUUCAUAGAGCUGGGAAAUGCCUUGAACCUUCAAACAUAUGUUUGGCAGCAUUGGAAUCAAGGAAAAGCAGAAGAAGUCAUAGACCAAGGCCUUGGUGGUCAGUAUCAGCUGGAGGAUGUGUUGAGGUGCAUCAACAUUGGGCUUCUCUGCAUUCAAGCAGAGCCAAUGGAGAGGCCAAGCAUGGCUUCUGUAGUGCUCAUGUUAAGUACUAAUACUGAAACGCUUCUGGUUCCAUCACUACCAGGAUACUUUACAGGGGAAAACCCAACAAGUGUGUCUUCUGAAUCAUCGACGUCUCCGGGUGGAACUAACUAUGAUUAUCAGUCAAUAGAACAAUUUACUGGGGGCUCCGGAUAUUCUAGACGACCAUCCAUGAAUGAGAUCUCCUUGGAUUUAAUGCAUGCAAGAUGAGCUCAAGGCUGUAGACAUUGUCAAUUCUUUUAAUUUUGCAAAUAUUACUUCAAUCAACAAUAAAUUUUAGCUGCAUAUCUUAUGAUUAUAUCA